AUGCCGAGUACGGGAUGGUCAAGGAAAGCAUGGCUUUAUUGUGCCGUGAUUCUGCUCGCAUUUUCAGGUAGUGGAUCUGGGGACUGGUCCCAGGAUUCUGGACAGACGACUCCGAACCAAUCCUCCGAUCGCGCGUCGGAAACCAUCUGCCCGGCGGAAAAUGUUUGGGAAGCGGAGGCCAAAGUCUUUAGGCAUCCCGUGUGCUUUGAGACGCGAUGGGGACUUGGCCAGAGGUCACACCAUGCUACUCCGCCAAUUGAUACUACCGCCGGUGGAGAUAAUACGAUUCCAGACCCAGCUACCACGACAGACGGCAUUGCUGGUGCAGUUGCAGAGUCAGCUGCGCAGCAAGAUCAAGAACAAGACGCAGAUACCGACUCUUUACUUGACAGUGCGAGCUUCCUAUCAUUUGAAGAUUGGAAGAAACAGAACCUCGCCAAGGUUGGGCAGUCGGCUGAGAAUGUUGGGGGCAGCAGACGGGUGGUAGCAGCUGGGAAAGAAGGCCGACGUCAGCCGGGAAUCAACAACGCUUUGGACUCGCUAGGAGAUGACUCAGAGAUCGAAUUGGAUUUCGGCGGGUUUGGGGCUGAGACGCCCGAGGCUAGUCCCACGGCGUGGGGUACACCGAUUCCAUCGCCUCACGCGGUGGAUAACUCUAACGGCGAAGCCGAAAAUGAGCUGCAUAACCAGCGUUUGAAGAAAGCGGAGGUCUCGCGCCGCAAGGACGCCGGAACAACGUGCAAGGAGCGCUUCAAUUAUGCCUCUUUUGAUUGUGCGGCUACUGUGCUCAAGACAAAUCCAGAGUGCAAGGGUUCUUCGGCCGUUCUGGUCGAAAACAAGGAUAAUUAUAUGCUGAACGAAUGCCGUGCCCAGAACAAGUUUUUGAUUCUGGAACUGUGUGACGAUAUCCUGGUGGAUACUGUUGUACUGGGCAACUAUGAGUUCUUCAGUUCUAUCUUCCAUACAUUCCGUGUGAGCGUGUCAGAUCGAUACCCUGCGAAACCGGACCAGUGGAAAGAAUUGGGUGUUUACGAAGCCCGGAAUACCCGUGAAGUCCAGGCAUUCGCUGUUGAGAACUCCCUUAUAUGGGCUCGAUAUCUUCGUAUCGAGUUCUUAACGCACUAUGGUCAUGAGUUCUACUGCCCAGUUAGUCUUAUCCGAGUUCAUGGAACGACUAUGAUGGAGGAGUACAAGCAUGAUGAGAGUGUUGGUCGCACCGAGGCUGAAGAUGAAGACGAAGAGGUGAUAGAACCGGCUGAGGCUGUGGAACGCCCUAGCGAUGCACAGACUGUGCCACCCGUGCCUCCAGUAUAUGAAGCUGUUCGGGAAGAGACAGAGGAAAAUGCGAAAGAAGUGAUGAAUGAUCAAGGGCCUGAAUUCUGUCCCACUUCUCCCAGUGAAGUGGAAACACUUCUCUUGAGACUUUUUUCUCCGGCUGCUGAGACGUGCAAUAUUAACGAGCGGCCUCCCGUGGAUAUUAUCAUUGAUAGAACCGCUGCAACAGACCAAGCAAAACCGCCGCGUCCGGAUUCCGCAGGCGCUACAGGAGAGGCUCCUGCGGUCCAACCUGGAUCAUCGGCCCCACCAAAGGCUGAAGAGAUUCGGAAAUCGGGUGAAUCAAUGAAGACUGUGGCGACUCCUGAUGCCUCUGUUAUGGCUGCAGAGCCAGCUUCACAGAAUGCGACUGUCGAGAGCACCGGAAAAUCGACAACAAACCCGAAGGAGGAGAACAGCCCACCGCCACCUGAAUCUAUUAAACCUACAUCGACACAACCUCCCUCUUCCAACCCGACUACCCAAGAAUCCUUCUUCAAAUCCGUUCACAAGCGGCUCCAAAUGCUAGAGUCGAAUUCAACACUAUCCCUUCUCUAUAUUGAAGAACAAUCCCGGAUUCUUCGCGAUGCUUUCAACAAGGUUGAGAAACGUCAACUCGCGAAAACUUCAAACUUCCUCGAAAAUCUUAAUGUGACUGUUCUAAAUGAGCUGAAAGAGUUCCGAGAACAAUACGACCAUGUCUGGAAAUCUGUUGCCUUUGAAUUCGAACAUCAGCGCCUCAAGUAUCACCAGGAAGUCCACUCCAUCAGCUCCCAGCUUGGUGUUCUAGCCGAUGAACUCGUCUUCCAAAAGCGGGUAACAGUGAUCCAGAGCAUCAUGGUCCUCUGCUGCUUCGCAGUAGUUCUGUUCGGCCGGGGCUCAGGCAACAACUACAUGGAGUUCCCUCGGGUCCAAAGAAUGGUUGCUCGCUCAUACAGUCUACGGUCAUCAUCGCCGCUAUACGCCUCCCCUUCCGCCAGCCCUGGCUCCACCCGGCCCACCUCUUCCUACCACGAGAAUGUUGCCCAUCGACGAAAUCCAUCAGAUAGUUCCUCUUCACAAGAAAGCCCUGCCAGUCCCACGGCCCCGUAUUCCCCACCGACUCCGACGUCCCAUAUCUCCCACGAGAUGGAAGAGGAGGAGGAUGACGAUGAUGAAAAGAGAGCCUCCACGCCACAAUCCCCUGACUCCAUGUCCGUCCCUCUGCUUGCGACCCCACAGUUUCGAUCGCACAGCACUCCACCUGUGCUGAGCAGUCAUACUACGGGUCUAGACCGAGACCGCGAUGACGAGCGAGAUGACUGUGCGCUGGCAUCUGAGCUGUCUGAGGUAUCUGACGAAAUGUCUUUAACCCAAUAA